AUGGCGGGGCGCACUUAUGAUGAUGCCAUCACAGCGCUCAACUCUUUACAGUCGAAUUUCGCCAUUGUCGAUGCGAUAAAAAAGUCGGGUGGCGCAAAGAACCAACAGGCAAUCCCGGAGAUGAUUGAAUGGUGUAAAAAACUUGGUUACGAGCCAUCUGAAUUUGACCGCCUCAAUCUCAUUCAUAUUGCUGGCACAAAGGGCAAAGGCUCAACAUCUGCUUUCAUUUCUGCCAUUCUGACACAGUACAUAUCAUCGGAUGACCAACAAGCCACUUCAAAGGGGGUCCGCAAAGUUGGGCUUUAUACAUCACCGCACUUGCGCUUUGCCAGAGAACGAAUUAAAAUCAAUAACACGCCGCUGUCAGAGGAGCAAUUCGCGAAAUACUUUUUUGAAACAUGGGACCGCCUAGAAGAAUCUGCACGUGUGGCAGGCAUCGACCCGUCCAGUCCUGGCACUAAACCUGUCUAUUUCCGUUUCCUUACUCUGAUGGCUUUCCAUGCCUAUCUGCGGGAAGGCGUUGACGCGGCUGUGAUUGAAUGCGGUAUUGGAGGAGAAUACGACUCGACAAACAUUAUCGUUCAGCCGAUUGUAAGUGGUAUUACGAGCCUCGGCAUCGAUCACGUUGGCCUUCUAGGCUCUACAAUUGAGGAAAUUGCAUGGCACAAAAGCGGGGUUAUGAAGUCUGGAGCAAAGGUAUUUACUUCCCCCCAACCCGAAAGUGCAUUAGAAAUCCUGCGGAAAAGAGCGCAACAAAAAGGCGUAGAGUUGGUUGUUGCCCAAGGUCACCCUGAAUUGAAGAAAGGCACUUCAGUGAAACUGGGACUAGAUGGUGAUUUCCAGUAUAUGAAUGCAAAUGUCGCGGUUGGGGUUGCAGCUGAAUUUCUGAGGCGUCGCGGUGUUGAGGAUGUCCCCUCUUAUACCGCCAAUGAGCCCCUGCCAGAAAAAUUCCGAAAGGGACUGGAGGCUACAAGACUAGGUGGUCGGUGUGAGACACGGCAGGAAAAGAAUAUCUCUUGGUACAUCGACGGCGGCCAUACUCUUGAAAGCAUUCGCCUCUCCAGUGAGUGGUUUGGCUCUCACUUGGUCACCGAUGUUGGGAAGAAACAGCCUCGAGUAUUGAUAUUCAAUCAGCAAACUCGAGACAGUGUGGCACUAGCUCGAGCUUUGUACCAGACAUUGGCUGCCAGUCUUGGGACCGAACAACCUUUCACACAUGCCAUAUUCUGCACCAAUGUCACGUACAAACAGGCGGGAUACCGGCCUGAUCUCGUCAGCGUCAAUAACAACGCGUCCGAUGUAGCGAACUUGAGCGUACAAAAAACACUUGCUGCAUCAUGGCAGGAUACUGGUUCCAACGCCGAGACUUUCGUUUUUGCGACGAUCGAGGAAGCCGUGGAAUUCGUCCGUGAUUUGGCAGGAAAACAGCUGCCUGGUGAAGCUCCUAUCAAGACGCUGGUUACCGGUAGCUUGCACCUGGUAGGAGGUUUCCUUGAUGUCCUCGAAACGAAACCAGGACAAGCUGCAGAGUGA